AAUUUAGGUGCGCAGGCAAUUGGGCUGGUGGGGGUGGGGCCCCGAGGAAAGGAAAGAGAGGGUCGUUGAAUAAAGUGGUCAACAGCCGGCGUUCGCCACCCCCAUUCUUCUUCCCUGCUCCCCUCGCAUAGCUCGUCGUCGUUGAGGCAGAUAAAUUGUUCCCAAUAUAGAUAAAAGAUGGCCCGAAAUGCAUAUGAGUUUGUUCAUAUCCAGAAAUAUUUUAUAUCUGCAGAAGUUGGACAGGUUGAUACUGUUUGUAUGGAUUCCAUGGCACCUGUGACAGAGGUUUCUCAGGAACUUGCCCGAGAGUACCUAAUAGCGAUCUCACAAUCUAUUCCAGAAAAGAACCUUCACUCAAAUCCAUUGCCUACUAACUAUACUGAUGCGAAUGGUGUUAGCGUAAAAGAAAGUGGAGAGGCAGAAAAAUAUAGAUCGAAGUUGAUCUCCAUUUCCUACACAGAGUCUUCAGAUGUUCAACCUGCACCAUCUGCUUUGGAAAAUCUCCGCAGCUAGCCAACAUAUUGCGGCUGCUUGUGGAGAUCUGUGUUGUUAUCUUUCCAUGUUUUUUCUGUUUUGGGUUAAACUCCUGGUUCUCAACCUGGUUCUCAACUAUCGGUCUUUACUUUCAGUGAUAUAAAUUUCAUAUAAAUCCAUAUUGAUAUGUACAGUUGAAUAUUUUGUCCAACAGAAUGCUACCCAGAAACAGCAAAUAUGAAGUCCCUUCAAAUGUGACUAAUAUUUUCUGUAUAAACUUCCAUGAUGGCUAAUCGUGUGUACCAUAAAGCUUUACUCUGUUGCCUA